AUGGCACUCUUAUUCAACUUCAAGACUUUUGUAUUAGGUUUAUUUGUCUACUACACCACUUAUUUACACUACUACAAAUGUCCAUCAUUAACCCCAAUUGUUGAAUUGGAAGAGAAAAUCUUACAUCCAUUGACCAACCAACAUUCAACUUUAUGUGAAUUAGUCAAUGGUGGAAUCGAUAAGGCUCAACCAUACGUUACCAAAGUCCACACUUUUUUGGAUAAAAACGUUCACUCUCAUCCAUUGUUUAUUGAAUACAAGAUAGAAGAAUAUAUUCAAUGUGCUAAGAACAGAUGGACUACUUAUGUUUACCCAUUAGUUUACCAAUUGUAUCAAUUUACUGAUGUUGCUGAAACUCGUGUUUAUGAUGAAGUUUCUACUUAUUACAAACAAGCUGAAGAAUUUGUUCAUGGUAAAUUGAAACAAGAUUAG